AUGAGUGAGGUGUCUGAUCGCAGCAGAGCCUCCAGAGUGAUAGCUGUCCCCAGGCUUUGUAGCGUCAUCUCCGGCAGGUGUGCGAUGGGAUGGCUCGGGGAUUGGAGCACGUCGGGCCCGGCGUGCUCCAAUCACAAUCUUCAGGAGGCGGACCAGGAGAUGGCAACCAAUCACGGUUUCCUGAACGCUGUGUUUGAGAGGCUAAAGCAGUUCUUGGAAUGCUAUCGACAGGUUGGUCCAGACAGCACAUGCAGAGAAAAGCUGGAGAAGAUGAUCAUACUGUACACUAAAACUUUGUUAGAUUUCCUGGAGUACCAUCCAUGUGCGUUCAUACCCCUAAUCCAGCGUUCCCUGGAAUUUGCCGUCAGCUACCUGUUCACACCUGCAGGAGAGGGAGUGACCUUUGAACGCUUCAUUGUUCAGUGCAUGAACCUCAUCAAGAUGAUUGUAAAGAAUGAAGCCUACAAACCUUCAAAGAACAUCGAGGACAGUAAACCAGAGAGUCUGGAGGCUCACAAGAUCAAGACGGCAUUCUUCACACACCCCACACUGACAGAGAUUGGACGCAGACUAGUCUCACACUACUUCCUCCUCACAGAGGAAGAGUUGGCAAUGUGGGAAGAGGACCCCGAGAGCUUUGCUGUUGAAGAAACCGGUGGAGACUCUUGGAAAUACAGUCUACGACCAUGUGCAGAAGUGUUGUUCCUGGAUAUCUUCCACGCCUACAACCAGACACUGAUACCCGUGCUACUGGAAAUGGUUCAGAAUCUCCAGGGCCCAACCAAUGUGGAAGACUCUGUUCAGCUGCUAAUGAAGGAUGCAGUAUACAAUGCAGUAGGACUGGCAGCUUACGAGCUGUUUGACAACGUGGACUUCGACCAGUGGUUCAAGAAUCAGCUUCUCGGAGAACUUCAAGUCAGCCAUCACAGAUACAAGUUGAUUCGCAGACGGGUGAUCUGGCUAAUAGGCCAGUGGAUCGCUGUCAAGUUCAAAUCCGACCUUCGACCUUUACUCUACGAGGUCAUCCUGAGCCUCAUGCAGGAUCCAGACUUGGUGGUGCGGAUUGAGACGGCUACAACCCUGAAGCUCACCGUUGAUGACUUUGAAUUCCGGACAGAGCAAUUCCUGCCAUACCUUGAGUCUAUCUUUGGGCUGCUCUUCCAGCUGUUGCAGCAGGUGACGCAGUGUGACACUAAGAUGCAGGUGCUCCAUGUCAUCUCCUGUGUCAUUGAGAGGGUCAACAUCCAGAUCCGGCCGUAUGUAGGCUGCCUGGUGCAGUACCUGCCCCUGCUCUGGAAGCAAUCUGAAGAACACAACAUGCUACGAUGUGCCAUCCUCACUACUCUCAUCCACCUGGUAAAGGUACGGUGCAACCCCAUUUUCAAUGUUUCUGCAUCAAUGAGCUCGGAGAACAUGCGAACCUGCUUUCAGAUCGUUAAUGCCUACUUAUAUUUGUCUGCCACAGACUUCUUACAGAACUAUGCAGAAUCCUUGUGCCGAGCUUUCUGCGCUCUGCUGAAAGACAUCACAGAUGAGGGGCAGGUCCAAGUGCUCAAGGUGGUAGAGAUAGCUUUAAAGGUUAGCCCCAUACUGGGAGCCCACAUGUUCCAGCCCCUGCUGCCAGCUGUCUUCAGAGGUAUCGUGGACGGUGAGAGAUAUCCUGUGGUGAUGUCCACCUACCUAGGAAUUAUGGGUCGCGUCCUGCUCCAGAACUCCAGCUUCUUCUUGUCUUUGCUCACUCAAAUGGCCUCGGAUCGCAGCCAGAAGAUGGACGAGUUGUUUGGCAGUGUGAUAGAGAUGUGGGUCGACCGCAUGGACAACAUCACUCAGCCAGAGAGGAGGAAGCUGUCCUCUCUGGCUCUGCUUUCCCUUCUUCCAUCCGACAACAGUGUAAUCCAGGACAAGUUCUGUGGCAUCAUCAACAUCUCCGUAGAGGCGCUGCAUGAUGUUAUGACAGAAGAUUCUGAAACAGGCACCUUCAAAGAGUAAGUAUGCAUGUUUCUUACGAGAAAACUAAGAAAUAAUCAUACAGUUAAACCUUAA